AAUUAUAUCGAGACACAAACAGACAAAAAAUGUUUGUUACAAUUUUGCUACUGUAUAUAGCCUAAAAUGGAGAUCAAACAGGAAAUCGAGAGAAAUGUAAAAGUGGAGGCGCUUUUUAAAUUCGCGAUUACAAAUCUUCAUAAAUAUAUCAAGUCAAAUGAAGAUUUUACAUUCAGUCCGUACAACAUAUAUGAGGGACUUCUGUCGGUUUACCUUAUCUCUAGUUAUAAAAUUGAAGAAUAUCUGAAAGAAAUCUUUUAUUUAACGAAAGUCUCAAAAGAUGACUUAAUAAAUAAUAUUAAUUUUGAUAAUUCAAAAUACUGCGAAUCAACAUCCACCGAUAAUGAGCUGAAUAAUGAAGAGGAAAUUACAUCCACAUCUAUGACUAAUUGCGAGUACGAGAAUUUACGUAUGUGUUUUAUUAAAAAAAUUCAAUUGUCUGUAAAUACCUCAAAAAUAAAACAAAUAUUCAACAAUGGAUUUGUGCAGUUAUACAGAACUAAGAAGAUUAUAAAUCGAAUUAAUGAAGAAAUACAACGUCAGACAACAAAUUACUUUUGUGUUUCGCCGAAAUUAAAAUUAAUCAAAAAGGAAUGAAGAUUGUUUUGCUGACCGUCCUUUUCACUGAACAAAGAUUUCAAAUUUUAUCGAGCAGUCAACAAUGUCAACCUGACUCAUCAAGAGAAUCGAUUAUUUCUGACAAGUGGAAGAAUAAAAGCUAAUGCAUAGAAGACGCCGAUAAAGAGGAUGUUUUGAUGCAGUUUAUCAUAAAUCAGCCAGACGAACGGACAAUUUGUUUGCACGUCGACACGUAUAUAUAUAUUUUAUU